AUGCACAAUGUUGAAGAAAUCUGUCGCCUUUGCUUGCGUAGCUUUCCCCGUGUGGCGAGAGGAAAAAUUCCAAUCGCGGACGAGGUGUUUCAACCGAAGCUUAAGGCCGUGUUUACCUUUGCAAUUUUACCCGAUGAAAAUCUUCCCGCUGAAGCUUGCCGUGGAUGCCGUGUGACGGUAGAACAAUUCUUCGACUACAGUGAAAAGGUACGAUCGCAUCAGACGAGCCUAGAAGCUGCAUUACCAAUCGUGUACAAUGACGAAGUGAUUCCGCCGGUCGACGAGAUGGUUAAAGGAGAGCCGAACAAAAAGCUUCAACUCUCGUUCGAGGCUAGCUCGGUUCAAUCGGAAGAUCAUUUUCACGUGGAACUGUUGAAGGUAGAACCGCUGGGCGAUGGCACACAGCACGAAGAGCACGUAGAUGAAACUCAGCUUUCUGAUAGUUGGAUUAAAAUGGAAUCAAGUGACAAUGAAGAGGAUGACUAUAACAUCGAAGAACAGGUCGAGGACACCCUUGCGGCAUCCCCGAGCAAUCAGACGAAUACUAACUGUUUGCUGCUGCUUAAGGAACAACGGAAAGAUCGAAUGCCGAACGUUACCAGGAAAAAGAAACGACCCCGAGCGGAGGACGAAAAGCUGUUGCGGGAACAUUUUCAUCUGGGCUGUGAAAUGUGCUCAUACAUGUCUGAAACGGUUCCGGAUCUUUUUCAGCAUUACCGUCAAGCGCACAAAACCGCCGGCUACGUACAGUGCUGCAACCGAAAGUUUAUACGCCGGGCCCGUCUGCUCGAACACCUUGGCGCGCAUCUCGGUUCGAUCGUGUGCGACAUUUGUAGCAAAGUUUUUCGCAACCAGUCCUCGCUCGAUCUACACAAACUAGAUCAUGGUGCACCGGAUGCGAGACAGUUCAAGUGUGACCUGUGCAGUUUUUCCUUCCACAAGCUGUACCAUCUAAAGCAGCACCAGAAGCGCCACGAGCGGGUACGCUGCACCAUCUGUGGCAAGUUGCUAGCGGGUGAGCUUGGCCUGAAGGGCCAUAUGCAAAAGAUGCACGGCAGUGGGAAUAAACAGAUUUGUCCUACGUGUGGGAAAGAGUUUCGGUGCAAUUCUGCGAUGGAGCGCCACCUCAAGGCACAUCUGGGUACGCUGACGAUCGAGCGUGUGCAGUGUGACCAGUGCGAAAAGUGGUUCGACAGCAAGCAAAACCUGCGCAGUCACUGCAAGCGGGUGCACGAUCAAAUGGGACCGAUACAGUGUGACGAGUGUCAGCAUAUAAGUCCCAACCAUAGGGCGCUGGUCAGUCACAAGGUGCGGGCUCAUGGUCAGAAACAGGCGUACGAGUGUGAGUACUGUGGCAAGAAGCUUAACACGAAGCUUACGCUGAAGGAACAUUUGGCAAUACAUACGAACAUUCCGCUGUACUCGUGCGAGUUCUGUGGGAUCACGUUCAAUUCGAACGCGAACAAGUAUGUUCAUCGGAAGAGCAAACACCCGCAGGAGUGGGAGGCGCAGAAACAGCAGAAACUGCUGAAACGAAUGACCCCGGCCGUUGAUUCCGUUUAA